UUGCUUAUCAGCACAAGACGGACCUGGGGGGCAGAUGGAGGUGCGCCUGGCAUUGAAAGCAUUCGGCUUCAUUGCUCUGGGUGUGGUGGGAAUCCCAAGCAAUCUGGCAGCCCUGCUGCUCUUCUGCCGUUUAUUUCUCACACAGGGCCACAUGCCGCACAACGAGUUCAUCCUCAGCCAGCUGAUCUUUUCCAACUUGAUGGUGAUGGUGUGCCGGGGAAUUCCUCAGGCUCUGACCGCCCUGGGCUUUGAAGGUAUCUUCAGCAACGGUGCGUGCAAAAUAAUCAUCUUUAUUUACCGCGUUAGCCGCGCCAUGUCCAUCACCAUCACCUCCCUGCUGAGCUUCUACCAGUGUGUGGUCAUUGCCCCGUCGAUGCCUGGCUGGACCUUGCUGAAACGCUGGCUUCCUGGCCACCUCCCUCAUGCAAUUGUCUUCCUCUACGGACUCAAUAUAAUCUACCCCAACGCCCCCACCGCCUUCCUCUAUACCCAGGCUUUCCCUGCCAACCGCACCAUCCCUGAUUUCACCCUUAACCUUGAGUUCUGCAUUGUGGUGUUCCCAGGCCUCAUGGCUUACGUGGUCAGUGGUGUGGUGAACAUCAUCCGAGACUUCGCUUUUGUUGGCCUGAUGGCGGCGGCUGCAGUCUACGUGAUGCUGGUCCUGUAUCGGCAUCGUAAGCAGGUUCAGGGCCUGCAGGGGGCCGGCCGGAAGACGGAGGAGGCUUCCCAGGCCGUCCUGCUGCUCGUGAUUACGUAUGUGGCACUGUUCAGCUUGGACAACGUGCUGUGGAUCUACACACUAUUUGUCUCCCGUGUUCACCCAGCUGUCUCUGACACACGUGUCUUCUUUGCCUCCUGCUACUCUGCCAUUAGUCCUGUGCUCAUCAUUGCCACCAACAGGAAGCUGGCCACUUACUUUCAGUGUGGCUCCAAACGCAAAAAAGCAGAAAACAUUCCCAAUGCCUCUCGGGCGACAGUAGCACAAUGAGAAUAUUGAAGAGUGGAACUUGGGGAGGUAGAGAGAGGGAAUGAUUGUCUCCUAUACUUGUGUGUUCUAUGUUA